CGAAUUUAUCGAAUGUUUUUUUUUUUUAAAUCGAAAUUUAAUUUGAUUCAUCAUCAUUUUUUUUCGUUCGAAUAUAUCAUCAUCAUGAUUAUGUCAUCAAAUACGACAUCAUCUGAUUUUCUUUUAACACAGGAAAGUCAUCCGGAUCAAUCACAACGACAACGUUCGAUAAUAUUUUCUGGUGAAAUAAAAAAUGCCAAAUUUCUAUCACCAUUAUUGAAAUCGAUUAAUAUUGAUAAAUAUAUCGAAAUGGUCAUCACUGAAUUUGGUAUAAAAUUCAUCUGUGAAAAUGAUCGAUCAAUACAAGCUACAAGUUUUAUUGAUCGUAAUUUAUUCACCAAAUAUGAUAUGGAAGAUGAAAAAACACCACAAACUAUAAGAAUUUUAAGCAAACAUUUAUUGAAUGUUUUAGAAUUUUUAUUGACAAAACGUUUGAAUCAAUAUCUGAUGAAUGAACAAUCAAUAGCAACAACUUUAGUAAUCAAAUAUUAUUGUGAUAAACGUUUUAAAAUGAAAGUUAUAUCAAAAGAACGAUUAUUUUCAAGCACCAUACAAACAUUACAAACAAAUAAUCUGAAUGUUUGGACAAUGGCAUUUGUUAAUCGUAUCACAUUAGAUUCAUCAGUAUUGAUAGAUUUUUGGAGAUGUGUCGAUUAUCAAGCAAAUUCUAUCGUUAUUGAAAUGAAUAAUAAUGAUCCAUGGUUUGUAAUGAGAACAAAAUCACAUCGUGCCGAAUUUUCGCAACAAAUUGAUGCACAAUCUGUUCAUGUUGAACAUUAUGAAUGUACAGUGCCAUCCGUUAAUCAUUAUAAAAUGAAAUCAUUGAAAUAUACAUUACGGCCAUUAAUGUUGGCCAAUAAAAUUAAUAUCCGUUUCAGUUCCACUGGAUUGCUUAAUAUGCAAUUUUUCAUUCAAUUAGAUUCAGUGAAUAAUCUUCAUAAUAUUAAUGCUGAUGAUGAUCAUGAUUAUGAUGACGCUAAUGAUGGACUACAACAACAACAAAGAGGACGAAUUACUACAAGUAGUACAACAUCAGAUUCUCAUCAUCGUUGUUUUGUUGAAUUUUUCAUUAUACCAUUUAUACCAUAAUGAUG